GUAAUCUUUGGAGAUAACCAUUUAAAUCCGGUAAUAGACGGUCAAAAUUCGCCGUUUUGGAUGUCAUGAGAAGUUGUAUAAAGCUCAACACAUUCUGGUUGUACAAUUCGGUGGUUAUUAGAACUAUUGCUAGGUUCCACAAUGGAGAAAGAAUCCGAAAUCUCAUCUACUAGUCAACUUGAUAUUGUUCCCGAGAUUAGUGCUCAGAAACCCUCCAACCCUCAAGAGAACCCCAACCCUCAAGAGAACCCCAACCCUCCCGACAUCACGUACGUGCAGCCUCAUAGCGGUAUCGGUGUUGAAAAUUCGAUCAAAACCAUUGAUAAUGGAGUACUCGAGCCACCUUCAGGAACGGUCGAAAACACGCAACCUAAUGCAGUAUCAGAUGUUCCAUAUAGUGUUUUUACUGUCUCUCAAAAGAAGAUGAUUGUCCUUACCGGGUCCAUGGCAAGCCUCUUCUCUCCCAUGUCAACGAGCAUAUAUUAUCCAUCCCUCAGUCAAAUUGCGAAAGAUCUUCAUGUAUCAGAUGCAAAAAUCAGUCUUACGGUUACUUUGUUUUUAGUUAUUCAGGGCUUAGCACCCAUGAUGAUUGCGGGAUUAUCAGAUAAAGCUGGAAGACGUCCUGCAUAUAUCAUUUGUUUUAUCAUUUACUUUUUCACAACUCUCGGUCUUGGACUUCAAAACUCAUAUCCGGCGUUGAUAGCCCUACGCUGCUUACAAAGUGCAGGAAGUAGUGGUACAGUAGCUCUUGCUAAUGGUUUAGUUGGUGACAUUAUCACUUCUUCUGAACGUGGUACUUACGUUGCAUGGGCUUCUCUUGGUAGUAUUCUUGGCCCUAUGGUUGCUCCUAUCAUUGGAGGAAUACUGGGGCAAUAUGCAGGUUGGCAUUGGAUAUUUUGGUUUCUCUUAAUAUAUUCAUGCAUUGUCUUUAUACCCCUUAUUCUCUUUCUUCCGGAAACUUGCCGAAAUCUAGUUGACGAUGGUUCAAUACCACCACCAUUUCUCUGCAUGAAUAUUACAGACCAUAUACGACAUUCGAAUCGUCGUAAGAAGGGAAUUCCCUUGGAUGCAGAGAAGCUUACAGCCCUACGCAAGAACUACAAGCUACAGGUCCCAAAUCCGCUUUCUACACUCAAAGUUCUUGCGGAUAAAGAAGCAGGACUACUACUAGGCGCUGCGGGUAUAAGUUUGGCUUGCUAUUAUGCAAUUUCUACAGGCGCUUCGUCACAAUUCGGCUCUUUGUAUGGAUUCUCACAGCUAAAAGUAUCAUUGAUGUUCAUUCCUGUCGGUGCAGGAUCUCUUGUCUCUGCUUUUACUACUGGCAAGAUAGUAGACUUCAACUAUCGCCGAUAUGCCAAGAUCCAUAAAUUUCCACUCAUCAAAAAUCGACAAAUGGAUCUCACCAAUUUUCCAAUCGAGAGAGCGCGACUAGAAAUUUCACUCCCGUUGUUCUAUCUCGGUGCUUUGGCCAUAAUUGCUUAUGGUUGGGUCAUGGGUCACCACGUUAGUAUUGCUGGUCCAGUGAUAUUAUUGUUUGUGAUAGGGUAUACCCUAGUUGCAAGCUUUCAAGUUCUCAAUAUCUUGAUGGUGGAUAUCUAUCCUGGUAAACCAGCUAUUGCCACAGCUGCAAAUAAUGUGGUGCGAUGUGAACUGGGAGCGAUUGCGACUGCGGUUAUUGUCCCUAUGGUCAAUGCUAUUGGUACUGGAUGGUCGUAUACGAUUCUUGCUCUUCUAUUUGUGAUCUACGGUCCAGUAUUGAUAAUAAUCAUGAGAUCCGGAAUACGAUGGAGAAGCCAGAAGAAAGUUAAAGAGGUCGAAUCAGCUAAAAGGAAACAAGAGAGAAACGGAGAUAGGUAGUCGUAGGCUGGCCACCUAUGAAUUAACACAAGUCUAUCAACUCAACCAAACCUUGUACGUGAGGGUCGACUCCAUCUCAUUCUGCGCUGAUUAUAUUCGGCCUUCCAUUCAUCGUUUCAAAAAUUUGAUCACUUCUAAUUACGGUAACCAAGAAUUCACGCAAAACAACACCCAGUACCCACCCAGUACCUAAAUGAGAUGCCUCUGUGGGAUAGAACACCUGGUUGUUUGAUGAAUCAUCAAUUUCUAAUUUCGCGGAAGUGUUGCAAGAAAAUAGUUUGUCAGACAGGGGAAUGGAAGGCUCAACUCGCUGGUUUGAGCUCCUAUGAGGCAAUCAAAACCUCUCAAAGGCAUGAUGUCUUACUUGCUAGCAACCCGAUUUAAUUUCUGGCCAAGAUAUCAGCCAUAAACUCUUUCAAUUCAGUGCUAUUUCUUCCUGCCA